AAUGAGUGAUAACCAAUAAGUUCCGUUUGGAAGUGGAAUGUUUUAAGGACAAGCAAAAUUUGUUGAUUAUGCUCAUAUGAAUUAGUAAGAUGUGUAAAUGAACACUUUAGAUGAACCAGUGUUGGAUACUUUAGUAAAAUUCAUUACAAUAUAAAGUUGAGAGAUAUUAAUAUGAUACUUUAUAAAUUAUCAUAUGUAAUAAUUCCAAGAAUGAAGGAGACUUAAGGAAGAAAACUAAGAAACUGUAAUACAAUAAAUUAAAUUUGAAUUAGGGGAUUUAUGGGGACCAUUACUCUUAUCUUUGUUGCUAGCUAUGUAAACUAUAUAGAUUAAUUAUAUAAUUAGGACUUUAGGUAUUAAUUCUAAUCAAUCAUGUAUUGCUUAAAUAAAUUCAAUUUUUUAGCUGAUGCCAUUUUUGGUACAAUUUUUAUUAUCAUGUGGGGAGGAUCUGCUGUGAUAACGUAUUUAUAUUUUUAAUUUAAAAAUAAGGGUCAAUGCUAAAUUAUUAGGAGGAUAAGUAUCAUUCUUUUAAAGUGUUUGUGUACUUGGAUAUUGUGUAUUUCCAAUAAAUGUAGCUGCUGUUUUAAUAACUUUUCUUUAAUCAUAUUUGGGAUUUUUCUUGAGAUUGAUAAUAGUAGGAGUUGCAUUUCUUUGGUCAACAUUCUGUGAAUUUAUUUAAACUAUUGAUAGCAUCACUGUCCUUUAUGAGUAGUAUGAUGAAUGAAGAGAAAAAAGUCAUCUCAGUGUAUCCAAUUUUUUUAUUUUAUCUGUUUCUGUCAUGGUUUUGCAUUUUCAUUUGA